AUGAAAUUCGAAAACAUUAUCAAAAAACACAUUAAAACCGUUGGGAAAAACAAUGUUGUGGACGACAUAUUUACUUCGGCUUUAUUUUACCAACAAAUAUUUGGACAGCAAAUAUUAGAUCCUAAUUGGACUUGGAAGAAAUAUUUCGUUCGCCAACUACUCAUGUUGUUUCUGUUCAUUUAUGUUUUUUUAGGCACGUUACAAUGUUUGAAAAUAAAUAACGAUGCGGAAUUGCUAGCCGAAGCCUGUUACACUAUUAUAAUGAUCGUAAUAUUUCCCGUAAAAAUGGGGCUUUUUAUAAAGAAUAGGUUGAUAUUUCGCAGUCUCUACGUUUCUACAAAAACUACCCUUAUAAAUGUAAUACGCAGCGAUAGUAGUGUAGAUAUAAAUGGUAUACUAAGAUAUGGGAAUAAAAUUGUUUUAACAUUAUUUUGUAUGGUUAUAACGCCUUGUUGCGUAUAUGAGUUGACUACUUUAUGGAAUUACAUAUCUGGAAAUCGAACACUACUUUCAAGAUCGACAAUGAUUUUAAUGCCAAUGACUACGCCAUACUUCGAAAUCGCUUGGUUCUUACAUACGAUAUUUUUAUUUGAAAUUAGCAGUACGAUAAUACUGGACAUGUGGUUUGUAGUUUUGAUCUAUUUCAUGUGCUCUGCUUUAAAGAGCUUAGCUAAUAUGUUAAAAAUUGAGCAAAAACGUUAUCAGGAGAGUAAUGAAGACUAUGCUGAUCGAUUGGAAAAUGCGCUACGGACUUUUAACAGGACUCAUUUGAAGUUGAACAAGUUCUUGAUAACAUUAUGUGAAAUGUAUAAAGUUUCCGCAUUUAUACCUUUAUGCAAUGCGGCUAUCUGUAUUUGUUUGAUUUUGUUGCUCAUGAGCAAGGAAGUAAAUUGGCGAUUUGCGCCUCAUAUGCUGCCAAUGUUUGCGGAAAUUUUCGCUUACAACUGGUUUGGGGAACAGAUUAAAACGAAGAUGAACGAUGUGCGGUUGGCAUUAUUAUACUUCGAUUGGACUAAUUUAAAGGCUAAGGACAAGAAAUCAUACUAUAUUAUAGUGACGUAUAUGACGAAAGAUUUUGGUAUCAAGACUAUAAGUGGAAAGGAUUUGUCUUUAAUUACUAUGACUGCUGUUUUAAAAAUAAGUUACCAAGCAUUUACAGUCCUCCAGACAAUGGAUGGAUAA